AUGGGAGGGACGUCGCAGCACGGCCCCGAGGACUGCCGCUUUCUGGAUGCAGAAGCAUCCAAGACCCGAAAGAAGACCUGCACCAGGUACAAGGUCUGCGGGCUGCUCUUCAGUGUGCUGCUCAUUGCUCUCAUCCUCGUACUCUUUGGUGUCAAACACCUGUGGAACCCAGCAUCCAGACAAGUCUAUGACAUGGAGCACACCUUCUUCAGCCACGGCGAGAAGAAGAAAAUUGUGAUGGAGAUCGACCCGCUGACCAGGACAGAGACCUUCAGGAGUGGGAAUGGCAGUGAGGAGAUCCUGGAGAUCCAUGACUUCAAGAACGGAAUAACCGGCAUCUUCUUUGUGGGACUUCAAAAGUGCUUCAUCAAAACUCAGACCAAAGUCAUACCGGAGACUACGGAGGCCAAGAUCCCUGAGCUGGAGGGUGAAGAAAUCACCACCACCUACUUUGAGCAGUCCAUGGUCUGGGUGCCUGGUGAAAAACCCAUUCAGAACAAGGAAUUUCUGAAGAGUUCCAAAAUUUUUAACAUUUGUAGAAAUGUGACCAUCUACUGGAUCCACCCAACGCCAAUAGCAGCUCCGGAGCUGGCUGGCCUGGAAAGAACAGAAGAAGACGACACCGGGCUGUUCACGGAUGACCAGAGCUGGCUGGAUGGCAACAAUGAGCGUGGGAUGGAGGCUGCCCUACCAGGACCCAAGCGCCGGACACGGCAGCUGACAGAAGAGGACCUGCCUGUCAACGACUACACAGAGAACGGGCUGGAGUUCCACCCGCUGUGGGAUGAGCGGGGCUACUGCUGUGCACAGUGCCGCCGCGCCAACCGCUACUGCCGGCGGGUCUGCGAGCCGCUGCUGGGCUACUACCCCUACCCAUACUGCUACCAGGGCGGCAGGGUGAUCUGCCGUAUCAUCAUGCCCUGCAACUGGUGGAUCGCACGCAUGCUGGGCCGGGUGUAAGCCCUGUGCGCACCCACCGAGCCCCCAGGUGGGACCCCCAAACAGGCUGCAGACCCCGAGCGUGGCUCCGAGGGCUGGGCCGGGCUGGCGUCAUCGCCCCACUGAGUGGCGAGAGGCAAGCAAUAAAUGUCCUAUAUGAGCGAUUGCAAAGAAAAUGGAAAGUCGUUUCGUCUCAGCCUGUGAUGCUUAAUGGGUCUGAGGAGUGAUCUAAUUGCUCGGCUGCUUCCUCGUGAGCAGCCAUAACUCAGGUGCAGGGAGUCGCCUUGCUGGGAACGUGCUGGGGUCCCCAGUGUGCUCCUGGCAGAGCCAGCACUGUUAACAACACAGCACCCCUCAGCUCUGGUGCCCUUGGGGAUG